GAAGGGCCUUCAGUUCUCCGCGCGAGCGCCCGCGCUCUGUAGGCCCCCCCAUCUCGACUAGGAAAUAUAACCGCGUUGUCGAGCACGGGGAAAAAAAAAACACAAUUUGUUGCGUUUUUUGUUCGUUCCCGCUGGUGUGGCGGUGUCGGAAAGGGACCCCCCCCUCACCCCGCCCGCCCGCCUACCUCCGCCGCUCAUGGCAAAGGCGAUGGCAACGCCGGGCAGCGUCAAGGACGAGCUCCUGGUGUUCGGUUACGCGUGCAAAGUGUUUCGCGACGACGAGAGAGCGAGAUCGCUCGAUAGAGGAGUCCACCUCAUUCCGUGGAUGGGCGACGAGUCCAUCCGGAUGGAUAGGUACGACGGGAGGGGUCACCUGCACGACCUCUCCGAGUACGACGCGGAGUACACGUGGAACCGCAGCUACGACCUCUCGGAGGAGGAGGUUCGCAUCGAGGCACUGUGCGACGUCGAGCGCUACCUGGCGCUGACCACCAACCUGCUGGACGAGGAGGCGCGGCAUGAGGAGGAGUACAAACGGCUGCACCAGGAGCUGGCGGAGGACGGCGCCUACCGAGCCGUGGGCUUCUCCUACGGCGAUGAGUACUACGACCCCACGCAGCCCACGGAGGAGGAGGACGCGCACCCCAAAACCCAGCCGCCGCCAGCACCCGCCGUUUUGCCUGCAGUCGAGAAAAAUCCCGAGCCGGAGGUGAACGAAGAGCCGUUCAUUGCCCCAGAAGAGCUUAAAUUACCCUCGGGCAUGGAAGUGCCGGCCACGUUCAAGACACACGCGAUCGUGGAGCGCACCGCGGGCUUCGUGUGCAAGCAGGGCACGCAGUUCGAGAUCAUGCUGAAGACGAAGCAGGCGCGCAACUCCCAGUUCGACUUCCUGCGCUUCGACCACUACCUCAACCCCUACUACAAGCACAUCCUGAAGCGCAUGAAGGACGGGAAGUACACGCACAUCCCCGAUCCCAAGCAGCAGCACAAGGCGAAGGCGUCCAGAGCGAAUUCCGCGGACGAGGAGGACGAGGACGAUGACGACGAUAACGAGGGCGGGUACCUCCACCCGAGCUUGUUCGCGUCCAAGGCGCAGUCCAACAGUCGCCUCGAGGAGCUCGUCAAGCCCCUAACGACGGUGGAUCCCAACCACCCGCUCAUGGCCAUGGCGCUGCGAGCACGCAUGAUCGCCGCCGAACCUGCGGACGCCCUGGCGCAGCCCGACAAGAAAGUCAAAGCUCCCCCGGCGGAACCGACAACCCCUCCCCCGCUCGGCGUCGAGCCUCCAGUCCCAGCUGGUGCGCCGAACGACAAGGGCCCCACCCCGUUCGACGCGGACGAGGAGCGGACGACUGAACUUGCGCCGGAGCAGGAGGAGGAGGAGACGCCGCCCACCAAAGCGUCCGCUGCAGCGGCCGUGGCGAUGUACUACGGCUACUACGUGAUGCCGGACGGCACGUACAUCCAGGGGCCGCCGCCGCCGGCACCGGCGGCCGACAAGAUGUCCGAGUACGCGUACGGUGCUCAAGCCACCACGCUGCUUGCCCCUCCGCCACCGCCGGGGCUGGCGCCGCCGCCACUGUCGUCGUCGUCAUACCUUUCGCUCCCGUCAGACGCAACCCAGGGGACGGACACGACUACCACUGCCAACAACGCUGACACCGCCGACACUGCUAGCACCGCCAACACCGCCAACACUUCCAACACCGCCAACACCGCCUCCGCCGCCGGCACGAUUGUCGUGACCGCCGCCAGCUCCGUUGGUGCCAGGAACUCGGCGCAACCGAUCGUGACCCCUACGGCUGACGCCUUGGCCACGAGCCACACGGCGGCGAUCCCCAGCGUGAUCCCCCCGCCGCCCGACGUGCAGCCCGUCAUCGACAAACUGGCGCAGUACGUCGCCAAGAACGGGCUCGAGUUCGAGGACGGAGUCCGCUCUAAGAACGACCCCAGGUUUGACUUCUUGCAGUCCUGGCACUCGUACAACGCGUAUUACGAGUUCAAGAAGAACUUCUUUGUGGAGAAACAUGGCCUCCUGCCUCUCACGAGAGCACCAGCGGCGCAAGCGACCAAUGGGACGGAACAGCAGGGCAGCGUCACUUCCACGGAGCCUCCGAGCGCCACCUCCGCCGCUGCCAAAGCCCCUAAAGCCCAAAAGAUCACCAUCGCCCCCAUAAGCUUCGCGAUUCGUGCCAAAGAGCCCGAGGCUCUUCCCCUCGAGAAGAAGAAUGCUCUGCUCGGCGACGACAGCGAUGAUGACGACGAGGACUUUCCGGACCCGGGCGGAGGCGGUGGCAGCGGCGACGUCGGCAGGGCAGCCACCGCCUCUCCCUUCUCCGCGUCCACCUCCAAACCCAACGGCGAGGGCGGCCACGGGCGGCCCCCGGCGGCCGGCAGGGUCGGGCCGCCCCACGGGGCGACGGCCGCGACAGCCGCGACGGAGGAACGCAGACCGCAGCUGAGCCAGGAGGAGAUGGAAGCCAAGCUGGCCAAGCAGCGCCUGGAGGACCGUCUGUCGGCAGCGGCGCGUGAGAAGCUUGCGCAGGCCGCCAAGGAGUCGAAGGAGCGGCAGGCGCAGGCGGAGCGCGAGCGCCAGCAGGGCCUCCUGCUGGCGGCGGCGGCGUUGGUGGCGGCGCCGGCUGCGUCGGCGCGGGACGAGCGCGAGCGGCUGCUCCAGGCCGAGAGGAGACGCAAGGCUGAGCUCUUCCUCCAGAAGCUGCGGUACCCCGGGGACGCGGGCGGCUCCGCCAAGAUGGAGACGGAGGCGGCGGGAGAGGUGUCGCCGGUGUUAGUUACACCGGCGGCAUCGGCACUGGCGGCGGCCGCGGCGGCUGUGGCAGCUGCGGCGGCGGCAACUGCAGCAACGGCGGCGGCAACGACAGCGGCGCCGGUACCACCGGCACCAUCCACUGCGCCGGACGAACCUCCGGAAUUAAAGAAGGCGCGACACUCGGGGAAGGAGAAGAAGAAGGAGAAAGGAGAGGGGGAGGAGGAGGAGGAGAGAAAGAGGAGGAGGUCGCGCGAGAGGAGCCGCUCGCCGCGUCACGAGCGCGGCGCCCCGAGGGACAAGGGGGGGGGCCGCAAGAAGAAGAGCUCGCGCGACAAGAAGAAGGCGAAGAGGUCGAAGCGCGAGCGGAGGUCCCGCUCGCGCUCGGCGCCGCGCUCGCGCUCCCGCCCGCGCUCGCGCUCCCGCCCGCGCUCGAGCUCGCGCUCCAAGCAGCCGCUGCCCAGCGCGUACAAGUCGGCGCGGCGCUCGCGGUCCCGGUCGCGGUCCGUGGAGCAGCGGAAGGAGGACACCCUGCCCAGUGCCUACCGCGUGUCCACCAGCCCCGUCCGGAGCACGCGGAGGUCGCCCAAGGAGCACAAGCGGAAGAGGUCGCCCAGGGCGGAGGGGGAGGACGACGUCCACCGCAGGAAGAAGCACCCCCAGCCUCACCCGAAGCACCACGCGCGUCCCUCGCACGCGCCCAACGCCGGCGUGGGGGCGGCGCCCUCCUCCUCCUCUUCCACCUCCUCCUCGAGGAAGAAGAAGCGCGGCCACUCGCGCUCAGCGGAGCCCUCGCCCGACGCGUCCCAACCCAGCGACGCGAGCAGCUCCUCCGCCGCCGCCGCCACUGCCACCACCACGCGCACGCACGGCCACGCCACGCCUCUGGUUCCGGAGAAGGACGGCACCGCCUCUCCGACUCUCUCCGCGGUUCAAGUCAAAAUCACUCAGGAUAUCAUGGCACGAGUGAAGGCGAUGCUGGCCGCUGAGAAGGAGCUCCCUUAGCCCUCGCCCAGCUGAGAACAACAACAGCACAAAACACGACGGCGUAUCGCCGUCUCGUUCAUUAAAUCGUCACAAGAGUUGAACUUUUUCGUCAAACGGUGUUGUGUUUUUUUGCACCCUCCCCACCGCCCCCCCCCCAUCCCCCUCCCCCCAUACCGCCGUUUUGUUUUUAAUGCCACGCAGCGAGGCCAGGUGUGGCGUGUAUGGACGUGUGUUGAACUUGUGACGUAGCCAACCCGUACCAAUCGGAGGUGCGGGGGGGGGGGGAAGGACAACAAACUGAAUUAAUAUCUGCCGCGGAAUUUAUUUUUAGGUUCGCUUCUUCGUUAAAUAAAGCGGCCGAGGUUACUUGUUCGCGCUACAGGGCUGGUAAAUUUAAGGAAAAGGGAUAACAACAACAAUGAAUCGGUGAGCGCGAGACUUGGCGAUGCUGUGCUGUUAUAACUGUGUUUUUGUCUCGAGGCGACGUCCUUCGUACGGAAGCAGCGUCGUACCAUCGACCUGCCCUGUUCCUCCCCCCCCACCACAAGCUGUACGGAGAGAAGCUUCCCGUUACCACAUCUGGCCUCCUAGAAGCCACAUUGCCACAUUAUGUUGCCGGACAUCUGCCGAUGAGUUUUGUUUCUUGUAAAUAAGUAGUAUCCCUUUCGUAAAAAAAAAAAGUCGACUUAUCUUAACAGUUAUUUUUUUUUUGUUACGAAUUGAAUUGUAAAGGAACAAAGUUUUUGACAGCUUCUCCUUUGUCCCGUCGCUGGUGACUGUUUACCGGCUAUUCCGAUUGGCCUUGUAAAUAAAUAAAUACCCACGUGCGGAUCGA